UAGCAACUGAUACUGAUCGUGGCUGCAAAUUGAACGGGCCGUCGACAAUUUACGGUAGGAUUGGCACAAGAAGACAAGGCAAGACAAGCAUAACCGGUAAAAUGCAGCCCAACGACACGGAAUAUUCAACAGAUGGGUUACCCAAAGCCUUUUUACACAGUUUGAGGACACUCUUUGACAUCCUCGAUGAUGGGAAGAGAGGGUAUGUGCACAUAUCGGAGAUUGAGAGUAGAUGGCAAGGGGCAGAUACUCAUGAUUUGCCCGGCGGUGUUCUGGAGUGUCUGAGGAGGGUGGCCCCACCGCAUGGUUGCCUGACAUUUGAGCGCUUCGUGGCGGGGCUGCGAUACUCCAUGCCGAACCCGGACAACAACAACCACAUAAAGGCUCAGGUUUCCCUGCACCCGAAACAUGCACUCCUGCAAUCCAAACGGCACCAUAUGCCAGCGCAAAAACCUGCCCCGCUCUCUACCUGCUCUGUCGGAACUCGGAUUGAAAACAAAGUUCGCCCACUGGGUCCAAGCAACGGGACAAAUACGCAUCACAAACGCGCGUCCUCACUUCAGAGUCGGUCCAGACAUAAUGAGGGGAACACUGGAUACCCACCAGUCACCUCGGUCGUAGGUGGUCCCAUGCGUUACACCAAUACGGGUUAUGAGAGAACAGGCAGAAGUUUGGAACGGGUAACCAUUGUGCCCGAAAGCGGUUCAUAUCGAGCGGAUUCGGUUCGGAUGGGGAAGCAGGCGCAUCCACAGCAGAGUCGGGUGAGGUCCACAGAGUCCCUUGCUCUCGAGUCAUCAAGUCUCCAAAAACCAAGUAUUGUGGAGGCUGGGUUACCGAGGUCCCAGAGUGAGUCAGCCACGGGAUUAACUGUCUCCAGACGCCAUGGGCGGAGCCGAGAUGAGCAGAGACGCCAUACCAUCACCAACGGGGUGGAUUAUGGAAUGCUGAAGCAGAUGAAGGAGUUGGAGCAGGAGAAGGACUCUCUGCUGGCCGGUCUGGACGUGGUGGAGCGGGCUAGAGAGUGGUACCAGACUCAGAUCCACAACGUCACCGAGAGACAGAGACACGUGGGCCAAAGCAACCACUGCACGGAUUUCUUCACAGAAUCCCAGAAUCAAAGUCACAUGAAUGUUCUGCUUCCCAAGCUGCAGGAAGUCAACCGUUGCCUUAAUGACCUAAUUUCCUGCUCUGGAGCGCAGUCUUUCCCAUCCUCCAGCUCCCAGCCCACAGUGAUCUCCUCCAGCUUCCAGCCUCCUGCCCCCCCACAAGCCAUUCAGAGACUAAAGGACCAGAACCGCCUUCUCACUCAGGAGGUGACAGAUAAGGGUAAGCGCAUCACUCAGCUGGAGCAGGAGAAGUCUGCUCUGAUCAAACAGCUGUUUGAGGCUCGCGCCCGGAGCACGCACGACAGCAGCACCAUGGACUCCACCUUCAUCUGA